GUCGACACAGACACUCGAUUCCUUCCCCCUCCACCGCCUUCACUCACCGCACACCGAGUGAAUACACUGCGCGACAGCCAUGCCGACCGUCCCAUUCUUCAACGAGCUCAACCGCGCGCUCGACAUCAACCCGCCCAAUGCCAACAUCCACCUCAGCAGAGCCGGCUCCGACUGGCUCUGGGCCGUGUUUGCCGUCAUGCUGCUGUCAGACCUCAUCUUCAUCGCGUGGUCUUUUACUAGGCCCCGCGGCACACGUGUCUUCCACCAGUUGCCGAUCAUCAUCCUUACCACCGCGUCUAUCGCCUACUUCUCGAUGGCUUCCGACCUCGGCGCUACGCCCAUCCUCGUCGAAUGGCAGAGGCACGGCGGCGGUACGCGCCAGAUUUGGUAUGUCCGCUACAUCCAGUGGUUCAUCACCGCACCCCUCCUCCUGCUCGAGCUCCUGCUCGCCACCGGCCUCUCCCUCUCCGAAAUCUUCACCGCGAUUUUCAUGGUCGAAGUGACCGUGAUCUGCGGCCUGCUCGGCGCGCUCGUGCACAGCACGUACAAGUGGGGCUACUACGUCUUCGGCGUGUCCGCGCUGCUCUACGUCUGGUGGGAGUUCCUCGGCCACGGCGGGCGCAGCACGUUCGCCGCGCCCGUGCGCUCGACGUACAUGGCCGGCUCGGGCUGGUUCUCGUUCCUGCUGCUGCUCUACCCCGUGUGCUGGGGCCUCAGCGAGGGCGGGAACGUCAUCACCGUCACGAGCGAGAUGAUCUUCUAUGGCAUCCUCGACCUCUUCGCCGGCCCGUUCUUCCUGUUCUUCCACCUCUGGCGCCUGCGCGCGGUCGACUAUGCCGCGUUUGGGCUGAGCAGCGGCAAGCCGACGGAUUAUUACAGGUUCUCGGGUGAUGGUGCGGGCAUGAGGGGCACUGGUGCGCCCGUGACGGGUGCGCCGGCUGCGACUGGCCCUACUGCCACUGCCUAAACGACUGCUACGAACAAAACGACCUGCAAUGUCCCUCAUCCCCUUCCCCUCCACGCAUUGCAUACGCAAUCCCCCAUACACACCGCCACCUGACACGCCUCUAUACGAUUUGAUGCUCGCACGAAUAAAGCAAAGAUGCAUUGUAUUAUUAGUGUAGAUUUUGUCGCUUUUUGUAAUGCCCUUCGCGCUUUCGCAUAUACAUGUUUUUAUGUUAAUGACGUUUAAUGCAAUUGCGAUGCUUUGGUA